AUGAUUUCCAAGGUUGCAUUGAGAUCCUUUGUGAGAGGAGCCAGCAUGGUUCCAAGAACCAGUCAAAUGGUUGCCAUGCCAUCUAUGGUGCGGAUGUAUUCUGGUUUCGCUCCAUUGACCAGAGAACUCGCUAAGGAAAGAGUCUUGGAAUUGUUGGAAGGUUACGAUAAGGUUGAUUUGUCCAAGGGGAUCAGUGAAGAAAGCUCUUUCAGUCUGGAUUUGGGUUUAGACUCUUUGGAUGUUGUUGAGGUGGUUAUGGAAUUAGAACAUGAAUUUAACAUUCAAAUCCCAGAUAAUGAAGCUGAUUCAUUGAAGAGUGUGGGACAAACCAUUGAUUAUAUUAUGGCUCAACCUGAUGCCUGUUAA